CAGGUGAUUCUCGUCCUCAAUCGCCGGUCAUCGGCCGACGGCAGUUGUGUUGUGGUCACCGUACCGAGUGGUCGUAGGCACGUAGUCGCGUAGCCGCGUAGACGCGUACUCACGUAGCACGCCCGAAUAUUUUAGCGGUUCUACAACGCUACGCUUUCAUUGAGUGUAUUUGACAUAAAGUAAUUUUUAACAGUGUUUUUGUCCUUUUUUUUCUAUUGUAAGAAUAUUCAGUCAUCAGUUCUGUUUUUCUAAAGUCGGAACUCAAAGCCUCAAGCUGUUUUUCCAAAAUACAAUGACGAAUGAUAAGAGGACAAACUCGGAGCCUCGAGAGUCCACUGCAAGAGGUUGGACCCGACGACCUGAUGACUUGAAGUUUGAAUUUGGAUUUGGAGUACCUCUAGGCGCAAUGUCGGCCCAUCCUGCUUUCCAUUCAGCUUGGGACCUUGGAUGUCCCGCCUCAGGGUUCCAUCAAAUGGCCAGGAUGAUGGACCGUAUGAUGGUGGAAAGCUUUCAGCCAUUUGGGUUCGCGCGAAUGACAGCAAGUCAGAGCGGAGACAAGAAAGGUGAUUCGGAAAAACCCAGAGAUGGACUCAGAACAGAACGGAGUGAGACGAGGAGAGAACGAGCUAAGACUCAAACAUCCACACACAUCGCUUCGGGGACACGACAUCUGCCCACACAAGUUGUCAAACCGUCAAACGUGGUAAAUAUAAGCGAAAAACCUCCUGACCAACAAAAAAAUACAGAUCCAACUACAGAAAAGUGGGUAGGGACGUUGCGACGACGAGACCCCGUGCUACCUUCAAUAGGCAGAAAGGGUUCCUCCUUAGGCAGUGGAAGAAUAAUUAGCAGAUCUGUUGACAGAAUACCCAAGACAGUAAGAUCUCGACCACUUAUUCCUAUAAAACCAAGGCUGAGAAAAACAGAUGUUCCAAAUGAAGGGGCUGAUGUUACCAUUUUUGAGAAGGAUGAGAAAGUCUUCGAUGCGACAGGAUACGAACUUCAUCUAGUGGAGACUUUGGAAAGAGAUAUUUUACAGAGGAACCCUGCUGUUCGUUGGAAGGAUGUCAUAGGACUGGAUGACGCAAAGUCUGUAUUGCAAGAGGCGGUGGUCUUACCUCUGGUCAUGCCUGAUUACUUUAAGGGCAUCCGCCGACCUUGGAAGGGUGUCCUUCUGACAGGUCCACCGGGAACUGGUAAGACCUUGCUAGCCAGAGCCGUAGCCACCGAGUGCCGAACUACUUUCUUCAACGUAUCGUCUGCCACCCUGACUUCGAAGUACAGAGGAGACUCCGAGAAACUUGUUCGCCUUUUAUUUGAUAUGGCAGCAUUCUACGCCCCAAGCACAAUAUUCCUAGACGAAGUGGAUUCACUUUGUGCUGUCCGUGGCGCUGACUCCGAACACGAAGCUUCAAGGAGGUUCAAGGCUGAACUGCUCAUACAAAUGGACGGACUAGCUGCUGCUUUCCAUCGAGAUAAAAUCAUAAUGGUGUUAGCAGCGACUAAUCAUCCGUGGGAUAUCGAUGAAGCUUUCAGAAGACGAUUCGAGAAGAGAAUCUACGUCGGUCUACCUGAUGAGGCAACGAGAAUCCGGCUGCUGAAACUUUGUCUAAAAGAUGUUGCGCUAAAUGAGAGUGUGAAGCUAAAAGAAAUAGCCAGCCAGCUUGAAGGAUACAGUGGCUCCGAUAUUAGUAAUCUGUGCAGGGAUGCAGCAAUGAUGACGAUGCGGCGUAAAAUAGCUGGCAAGACUCCUGACGAAAUACGACAGCUCAAGAGAUCUGAACUUGACGCUCCUGUAUCAAGUGAAGAUUUGUCUAUUGCUAUUGAUAAAACCAGAUGUAAGCCGGUACAACACGUGGAUGGCCAAGCACGGGUGUUCCUAGCGCCGCGCCUGGGCUCUCAGAGCCCUCUUACAGAAGCUGCGUAA